UGGCCGCAAUCUAAGCAAGUCGAACCGGAGAUCAAAUGAUUCCACGCCAGACUGGAAUCCUUCACCGUAGUGGAUGGGUGCAUUCUGUUUGCCGAACGACUCGUAAUUCCAUCGAAACACCAAAAACGAUGCUUGGACUAGCUUCAUCGAGGCCAUCCGGGUAUGCAGCGGAUGAAAGCGAUUGCCAGGAGCUACGUGUACUGGCCGUCACUCGACGAAGACAUCGUUGGUUACGUCAAGGCCUGUGCGCAGUGUGCGUCCGUUGCGAAGUCUCCUCCUCAUGCUACACCGAUGCCGUGGCCGAAAACAGUUGACCCACGGCAACGCGUUCACAUCGAUUACGCCGGACCAAUCGAUGGUGACUACUUCUUAAUCGUCGUCGACUCUUACUCCAAAUGGCCUGAGAUUGUCAAAACGCGCAGCAUUACAUCGAUAUCCACAAUUGCCAUCUUGCGUGGACUCUUCGCUCGACUGGGGAUGCCGGUAACACUGGUCUCGGACAACGGAACACAAUUCACCAGUGCAGAGUUUGGCAAAUUCUGUGUUACGAACGGCAUCGAGCACCUCACGACAGCCCCGUUCCAUCCACAAUCAAACGGACAAGCAGAGCGUUUCGUGGAUACAUUCAAAAGGGCCGUCAAGAAGAUCCGAGAGGGAAGAAGAACAAUGGAUGAAGCAAUCGAUACGUUUCUCCUCACGUACAGGAGCACGCCAAAUCACUCUGUACCAGAAAACAAGACGCCGUCAGAGGCUAUGUUCGGCCGUAAAAUCCGAACCAGCCUUGAGUUGUUACGCCCGCCUCCCGCGCCCAUGGCAGUUCCAGAAGAGCAGAAAGAACAGCAGCGACGAUCGUUCAACCGCGACGAUGCUGUCUACGCCAAGGUCUACACCAAAAACACCUGGAAAUGGGUACCUGGCAUAGUUCUCGAGCGAAUCGGUAACGUAAUGUAUAACGUGUGGACCGAUGCUCGGAUGCUGCGCUCGCACGUCAACCAGUUGCGUAGUCGAAAUUCCACGAGUUCGAAUGCCAAGUUACCAGUCAGACAAGCCGUGAGCUCACACAGUUCAUUUCCGUUGAACGUCCUGAUGUCUGCCUGGAACCUACCUCAGUCACCGUCGUCGCUUGCACUGGACGAGCCCGUCCAAUCAUCAUCAUCGCAAGCCUCAGCAUUAGAGUGA